AAUAAAGGGGUUAAUCUACAGAGCACAGAGCCAUCUGGCUGAGCUGGUUUGUUAUAAUCGAGCAGAUUAUGUUCACGGGACUCAGAGUUUAAGGCUCCUCUCCCAUAGAGCAACUCUGCACAAACCAAGCAGACCAACUUUGGGACUUUGAAUGAACAUAUUUACAUCCACCUUUCUCUUCAUGUCGACUUUUCUGGAAACAUUCACACGGAUGCCAUGGUUACUCCUACCACGAUCUUACAGGUGAACAAGGUGAUGUCCAUCUUCUUUUAUGUGAUAUUUCUCACUUAUCUCCGUGGCAUCCAGUCUACCAACAUGGAUCAAAGGAGUUUGCCAGAAGAUUCAAUAAAUUCUCUUAUUAUUAAACUCAUUCAGGCAGACAUUUUGAAAAACAAGCUUUCUAAGCAGAUGGUCGAUAUUAAGGAAAACUAUCAAAACACGGUGCAGAAAGAAGACACUCAGCAAGACAUGGAUGGAGAUGAAAAUGUGAAAUCAGACUUCCAGCCAGUUAUCUCAAUGGAUACAGACCUCUUAAGGCAGCAGAGACGCUACAACUCUCCCCGAGUCCUCUUGAGUGACAACACACCGCUGGAACCACCGCCACUGUACCUCAUGGAGGAUUAUAUUGGAAAUUCGGUGGUGGUGAACAGAACCUCACGCCGGAAAAGGUACGCGGAGCACAGGAGUCACCGAGGGGAAUAUUCAGUUUGUGACAGUGAAAGUUUAUGGGUCACAGACAAAUCGUCUGCGAUUGACAUUAGAGGACACCAGGUAACUGUGCUGGGAGAAAUUAAAACAGGUAACUCUCCAGUUAAGCAAUACUUUUAUGAAACAAGGUGUAAAGAAGCCAAGCCUGUAAAAAAUGGCUGCCGCGGCAUUGAUGACAAGCACUGGAACUCCCAAUGCAAGACAUCCCAAACUUACGUUAGAGCACUGACUUCAGAAAACAAUAAACUGGUAGGAUGGAGAUGGAUAAGAAUAGACACCUCCUGCGUGUGCGCAUUGUCAAGGAAAAUAGGAAGAACAUAAAUCUGCAUCUCUUUGCUAUAUAAAUUAUUACUUUAAAUUAUAUGAUAUGCAUGUAGCAUAUAAAUGUUUAUAUUGUUUUAUAUAUUAUAAGUUGACCUUAUUUAUUAAACUUCAGCAAAUCUACAGUAUAUAAGCUUUCUCUCUCAAUAAACAAGAGCGAAGGGUGUGUACCUCUGCUGCGGGCAACUCCGGGUUAUUUUUAGACUAUGUUUGUGACACUGCUUGUCGGCAGCAUACUGUAACCUUGCUGUAAAAUCUGUGUAAAAUCAGUAUUUUUCAUUCAGUAUUGUCAAGCCAGUGACUGUCAUUUAGUAAACUUGCUAAAAAUCAGAUCAAUGUCAAGAGUUGUGUACAUAUUUAUAUUCCCCACUCCAUACAUUCACAUUUAAUUGGAUGCAGUGUUGACUCCUUACUGGUAAAACAAAAAUGGACCAAAAUACAUGUUGUAGCCUGCAGAUGAUGUCAAUGUUACAACCAUCAAGAAGCCAUAAAAUACAAUUUCUGUGUAUUAUGCCAGUUUUGCUAGUGAAAUGACCAUUUUCUCUUCUGUUAGCAUUUCAGAAUGACUGAUAAUAAUCCAGCAAUUUUUGUUUAUGUUUUUGAAGCACAUUUGUUUUGCAACUGUUUAUAAUGCUGCCAGUUCGUUGUAGAAAAAUAUGAAAAAAAAUCUAAAAUAUUUGUAGCAGAAACUUACUGAAGCCAAGAAACAACCUAAACAGAUCAUUAAUAUAAUGCAUAAAAUAUUAUUUCUUCAAAAUUGACUAUUUAUUGUGAUCAGUCUCUCCCUCUUCACAUGAAACAAUUAUCUUCUGUUUGCAUAGUUGCAUCAUUCCACUCUGUCUGUUUUUAAAGUAGAAACCAAGCUGGUGGUGUCUUAAGGUUUAAAGAACCCUUGGCUUGCAAAUUUUAAUAAGGAAAGAUAUGAUAUCCUGGUGUGGAUAUGAAAGCCACACAACCAUAUGAAGUUGUUCUUUUCCUCAGGAAUCCAUUCUUCAUUUUCACAGAGGGAAAAAUGUGUAGAACUUCUCAACAAACCCGGUAGCUUUCAUAGGAACAUGAAACAAUAUAUCUUUUUGAGCAGCACGGUGACUAAAAUCCAGGUAGUCCAUAGUUACAAUUAAGUUAUUGGAUCAUACAGCUGAAUUAUUACUUAGGACAGACAAAUGUACUAGCAUAUAUAUACCUCAAACUCUUCUUUGUAUUACCAUGUAGCUUCACUGGGGACAAUGAUAAUUACACUACUUGAAGAGACAAUCUAUUGUACAUUAGCUGUAUAAUGCCCUGGAUGGGAUCCCACUCCCAUAAAAGUAAAUGAGAGUCUUGUCAUGGAUAGCAACAGAAUUAAAUUUGGACAGCAUAUUUUGUCUGUAUCUAGCUAGAUCUUAAAACACAGUCAGGGCUGAAAAAUGCCAGCCAUUUAAAAAACAUUACAGCUGCAGUGGUCUUGGUUUUUUACAGUACAGCUUUCACUGUUGUAGCAACUUCAGCAUCACAAAUGAGAAUGAGAUCAGGUUGCAGGAUGUCUUUGUUCAUAGAGUUUUCACUACUGGAAAACCAACUUCAAAUCUGCAACAGGUCAUCAAAGACAGCAAAUUGUGUGGUGUCCUCUAAUCCCUUACAGAGAGUGUUGCACAUCAUAAAACCACUGGAGAACCAGACAGGUUGCUCAUGAGGCCAAGCACUGGAGUAGCAGUGACUCUGAAAGCCAGGUGGGACCAUGUAGGGAUAAUUCUGUAGGGGAGGCCUUAAACAAAGGUUUUGAGAUUCAUCUCAAUUUUCAAUAUGAGGCCAGAGUAUUUACCUCACAGGAAAUACUGUCACCUCAGAGGACUAACCCCUGACUCUGUUUCAAGCAAUAACUUCAAACUUUGUUUCAAGCAAGAACUUCAGAAGUUCAAUAGCAAAGACAUUGUUAAAAGGAAAGAGUGUAUGUAAUAUAAUAAGGAACUCGGUAUCUGAUAGAUCUGGCUAGAAUCUGACUAGAAUUUUCCCCAAAUUCUCUUUCCUUGACAAACAUUAAAAAAAAAAAAUCUUCAAUGGAAAUUUUUCUAGUUUUACUAGUAGGAAAGUUUCAACACACAAAAAAAAUAACCCCUACCUAUUAACUUUUCAUCUUGGAGGGACAAGCAUGUUUUUCACAGUCCUACCCCACUGAAAAUUUUUGGAAGUUCAAAACCUAUUUUUACACCCUGAUUUCCCAAAUAAAGAUCCUUUUCAGGUGCUGUGAGUAAUUGAGAGCAGAUAUUGACAUACAUCAUUAACUUUAGAGGUGUUCAUGCUUCAGUAUGUCAGAUAGGCCUAUCUCCAUGAGAAGUGAGAAAACUAACAGAGCUGGUUAGUCACUGUUGCUUACAAACCUUAUAUCCUAUUAACUGAAAACUACAUUGUUCCUACAGUGUGGAUACCAUGCUUCUUUACAGCACUGUAAGUCCAGAGAAAAUCUAUUGAAAUCAGGUGAUAAAACAUUGGUUUAAAGCAAAGUAAGCAACAUCAGGGUCGAUCCUAAUGCCUUUAUUUCUGCUCCCUCAGAAUCAAGGUUCAUUCUUUAUAGUUUCAAAGAAAACAAUUUGCAUUUUCCACUGUAAAUCUAAUAACAGUAACUGGUUUUUGACUCUUAACUUUACCAAUGCACCAAGUAUUUUACAAGCGGCCAGCAAAACUGUAUCAGAGUAAAUACAACAUCCGUCAUCUGAAAUGCAUUAAAUGAGAAAGAAACAUGGUACAUAAGGUUAUUAGAUUGGCUGCCUCUUUCCCACCUCAGUAUAACAAUGAGCGGAAGUGUUACCCUCUGGAUCUGAUCCAGUUUCCACUAAAGCCAAAGGAAAAAUUCUCACCUUCUCCAGUGGAAGCUGGAUCAGGCCUCAAGUGAAGAAAAACCUGCAGAUCUCAACCAGGGAGUGGAGCAAUCGCACACAUCAGUUACGCGUUCUUGUAAAUCCUGUGUACGCAUAAGAUGCUGUAUAAUUUUGUAACAAGUUUGUAAACAAAGCCUGUAAUAAAUUUGUUAAGGCCUAA